CUGUUUGUUGACGAUCAAAAAGUGAAUCAGAACCAAAACUUAACGAAAGUAACUAAACUAGUGUCUAAUUGGUACAGGUUGUUGUUUUCGUCAGUGAUAAAUUUCGUGAUGCCUAAAUCAAGAAAUGGAAAAGUAGCUACCGGAUUAGCUGUAGCAGCUUUUUUAUUUGUAUUUAUAGCGUUUGUUACUCCAAGUUGGUUAGUUAGUGAUGGGUAUCUUCCUAACCCAAAGAUGGAACAAAUAGGUUUAUGGUCUGUCUGCUUCCAUGACUUUGAAGACACUCGCCAUUGGUAUGAAACAAAAUUUACAGGUUGCUGGUGGGUUUUUGAAGAAGAGUACUACAUCAUCCAUGAUGUCCUUCUACCUGGUUUCUUUCUUGCUACCCAAUUUUUCUUCACCAUCUGUUUCACUGCACUUUUGGCUGUCAGUUUUGGCGUUGCCAUGUACCUUUGCUGUAGCCGAGACCAAGAGCGAUAUGUCCUGCUCCUUAUUGUUAUUGGCACUGCCUUAAUGGUUGCAGCAUUGUCUGGUACGAUAGCUCUGUUUAUAUUCGGAGCGAAUGGAGAUGGCCGUGUAUGGAUGCCCAAUUGGGAACACAACAAUCUGGGCUACUCAUACGCGAUGGCGGUGAUCGGUGUAAUCUGCUCAUACGUGUCUGGUGCACUUUUCUUAGUGGAGGGACGGAGACAUCACGCAAAGCGACAGAAGCUCAAUGAAAGGCACAUGACAGGUAGUGGAGGUUACCCUAUGCAGCCGACCAAGAGUUCACACACCACCAUCUAGAUAAGCUUUAAUAUGCUACCUAAAACCAUAGUCUUGCUUUUAUUUCACAACCUGUCAUGUUGUAUUGUGAAACUGGAAACAUUAUUUGUUCCAAAAACUAUGGAAAAUACCUGGAAUAUUAUAUUUUUCAUGGAUAUAUAUAAUAGGUAUCACGAAUCUCUCAGAUAAUAAGAUUAUAGUGUGAAUUAAUUGGAUUAAUGGGAAGAAACUAAAUUAAGGCAGUUUCAAAUUAAAGGUGAUAUAUAUAUGGUUUUACUCUGUAAAACAUUAUAUAACAUCAUAGAAAAUUUUAUUUAUAUUUUUUUCGUAAUAUAAUUACUUUUAUUCCAUUUAAAAUAACCCACAUUGCUCUUAGUUUUGUAAACAUUAAUUUUGGCCAUACAAAUGUACAUUGGAGUUUGAAUUACUAUUGUUAAAGAGGUGGUUAAUUCUCUUAGAAGUUUGAUAUUUGUUCUUGUAUUGUAGAAGUCUGAUUAACUGCUCAAGCUAAAUGAGACUGGAAGUACAUCAUAUACGUGGAAAAACUUGGAUAGUACAAAGAUUGCGUUAAAUUGUCCUCCAUAUGUGCAUUGUAAUCUUGUACUAUUUAUUGUUGCUCGACCUAACAACGACAAGCAGUCGUGCAAGCAAGCCUGAUACCUUAAGCCUAAUUUUUUCCACAUUUCCUAAAAAGUGGUUAAAUAUUGUGUAAACAAACAGCCUUGGUUAAUCGAGCAGGUCAGAUAAUCAAACUUCUACUCUGCUAUUAAUGUAGAGAUUAACAUUUGAAGAAUAUAUAGGAUGUUAUUAGAAACCUUUUUUUGUUAGAAGGUGUUAACAAAAUUGAUUGUUAACAUACUUAAAUAUUUAUUGUAUAGUGGAAAGGGUUAUUGAUUAAUUGCAAUAAAACAUAAAAUGUGACAUAUCAUAUUGCAUGUUUAGAUUGCAAAAUCUUCAGUGUAACAAGUUAUUACUGUGUAUUUUAUCCAUCCAACAUGAGACCUGUUAUUUUAUUAUGAGAUAGUACUAAGUGUAAGUUUUUAGUAUAACCCUCUGCUGAUGUAUUAACUUUGGUGGCAUAAUGUUUCAGGCAAGCCGUUCAUGUUUUUCCAAAAGUUCAUUUUAUUCCAAAUCAAUGCUUCCAAUGUUAUGUAAUACCUAAUGUCUCUAUAAAAAAAAGCACAAAAAUAAUUAGAAUUUAGUUUUUUACAGUUAUAAUUUUCUUUUAAUAUGUAAAAGCUCAAAAAUAUGCAUUUCCAAAUUUUAUGAAAAUACAGAUCUAACUUAACAAUCAGAUUUGAUAUAUAGGGUUUAUCCAUAAAUUAAUGAGACUGUAUGUUGUAAACUUUAUCUAUUAAUAUGAUUAUCCUUUAAAAAUCUCUUUAAAAUAGUCAUCGUGAAUAUCAAUACAUUUGUAGUCAAUGCGAUUCCAAUGUUGCAAAUGCUUUCUGGAAUUAAGCUGCUGUAAACUUUUAGAGAUGACAAGAAUGAAAUGUUAAUCUUUCAGACUUCUCUUGAGAUUUGGGUAGAGGAGAAAGUCUGUCGACAUCCGGACUGUAAUGGUGCUGCAACAAGGUUGCAACUCCAAUCAGAGCCAGGUAGGUGGCCACAAAGCAUGCUGGAAGUGUGAUUGGGUAUUGUGGUGUGGAGGUUCCAGAGAUUGGCUAUCUGUGUAGGUGGGAGUCAGAGGUUUAAUAUAGCACUCAAAAGACAGUCAGCAUUCAGGACAUUUUUUACUUCUGGACAAAUUUUUGUCCAAAUCACUCCAUACCUUCGGUGAUCUCCUGUUAAUUCUUGUACCACUAGAAAACUUGAACCCUUGACAGGCUGUGUUUGUUAGCCACUUUAACCAAAGCGGUUUUACCAAUAUAAAAGCAUAAUUUAAUGAAAAUACCUUUUGUGACGUGACGUGAUCAUCAAUGGGUCAGCAUUCGGAUGUGACUGUCCUGGGAGAAAUUUUCCAAUACUUAUCGAAACAAUCUGCCUGGUGACUAUAGUAUUGCACAUCUGUAUGUCUAAUUGAGUUAUGGACAAACCCUGAAUACAGUUAUCAAAAAUUUUAUACUGAUUUCAGAAUUAUAUAGCUUACAUGAUUAAAUAAAAAUAUUUAUACUUAUUUUGUUAAGUAAACUUGUGAAUGGUUUUAAAUAUCUGCAGUAUUUUAAAAUUCGUACAAGGAUUUUGUUUAUUUUCACUAUAAAACUAAUUGUUAGUAAAUUCACAGAAACACCUCAAAAUAAUGAUUUCCAACGAUAUGAGAAAACAAAUAUAAAAAAAUAUGAUGUCCAUGUCAGAUGUUAUACCAGCUUACAACUGUAGAAAAAACUUAUAAUGAAAGAAGACCUAACUAAACAUAUUAUUCUGAGAAGUUUAAUUAUUCUUGUCUGCAAUUACAUGAAUUUUUAACACAAUAAGAAAAUAUUUAUUUCUUCUAAAUUGAUGUAUAAUGUUUAUGUAUAGCAAGUGGUCCGUAUAUUAUAACUGUUUAUGAUACUUCUAAUGUAGGAUUUAGCAAUGGAAAUCUGAUCAUGUCAGUUUGAGGGUUUUGAAUCUGUCCAUUUAUGUUAAGGCUUUGUAUGUAAAUAUAUGAUAAUUAAUUAUACAUAAUUAUGAUUUUAAACAAUCUUAUAUCUCAUAGACUCUAAGUGUAUUUUUGUAGCAAGUUGACUUGAAUUUUGUAAAAUAAAGUUAUAACAAAAUAUGAAACCAAGAACUAGAGAUAUUCAGUGUUAAAAAUGGAAGAUUUACAGUUUUCUGUAGGCUAGUAGUACCUGAUCUAUCAGAAUAACAUUAAAUUCCUAAUCUGUUUUCAACAAUCACAGAGUGAAUCAGGAGGUUGUUUAAUAUUUGAAAUUGUGAUAUUUGUCAAAAAUGUAAGACAGUUUGUUAAAUAAAAAUUUUAUAUUAUUUCAUCACGCGUAGUGAAGGACAUUCCAACUCAUAACAGCUUUUGCAGCACCAACAGAACAACUCUACAUACUUGAGUUGUUUUAUUAAUUGUUUUUAAUUUAAAGUAAGGCUCAUCUUAAGAUAUUGAACCAUCGUGUAUGGUAUAUAUUGUUAUACAUGACCAAAUACUAUUGUGCAUUCCAUCAGUCACUUCCCUGCAUAUAUGUAAAGGUUAAAAUUUGCUGAAGAGGAAAAUAAUAUUGUACUAAAGCUUGCAUUUCAGUAGCUUAAAAUAAGUUUAAUUGCAGCCUUUUGUAGUGUGAUUUUGGAAACAGUUAUUUUUUUGUACUUUGUCUCAGAUGUAUGAUAAAUCAGUUACCCUGUUAAACAAUAAGAGAAAAUAUGCUAUAAGUAGGAGUCAGAAAAUGUAGUUGUAGUCUUAACCUCCUGCGGAUCAGGUCAAAAAGUGAGAGUGUUCCAGGAUGUAUAAUGACUCUGUUAUAACUGCAUAUUAUGGUUUUCUGAGGAUUAAGUAACACAUUUGGAUACUUUAUAUUUUGCUAUAUUGCAGUUUUCAAAUACUAUGGUUUUUAAUGUACUGAAUAGAAACAGUUGUAUAUAUGUUUUAUUCACUAGUAAUAUACAUUUCACAAAACAUUAGUGAAUGCAUUUGAGAAAGUGCCUGCCGAUAAAGCACCCCAUGUGUAUUACAAGAACAAUAAAUUAUUUUAUUCUUCAAACAAAUUCCAGAUAUAGUAUUUAAUGUAUGUUUUAUUAAUGAUAUGACUUUUUUACAUUUCUAUAAAAAACUCGUGUCUUAAGUUUUUCUACAAUGUUGCACAGUAAACAAAUAUUUUCUUA